CAGCGGUCCGUGGUGACGUCAGACGCUGCUGCCGAAGCUCGUGUCCGCGAGACAUUAAGUCCCGAGAACUACCAACAGAUCACACCGCGGCCGCCGGCGACAGAAACACCCCGAACAUGGGCAACUGUCAACCCACCAUCGUGCACUACGAGGACUUUGACGUCGUCGCUGACAUCAAGGCCAUCCGCAAAGCCUGCAAAGGGUUCGGAACUGAUGAGCAGGCCAUCAUCGACAUCCUGGCAAACCGCAGCGCCGCUCAGCGCCAGGAAAUUAAAUACGCCUAUUUUGACAAGUACGAUGAUGAGUUGGUGGACGUGUUGAAGAAAGAGUUGUCGGGGAACUUCGAGAACGCCGUCCUCGCCAUGCUUGACCCGCCCGUCGUCUUCGCCGUGAAGGAGCUGAGGAAGGCCAUGAAGGGAGCGGGCACCGACGAAGACGUCCUGGUGGAGAUCCUCUGCACCGCCACCAACGCUGACAUCGCCAUGUUCAAGGAAUGCUACUUUCAAGUGCACGAACGUGAUCUUGAAGCCGACAUCGAGGGUGACACAAGCGGGGAUGUGAGGAACCUGCUCAUGGCUCUAUUGGAGGGCAACAGAGACGAGAGUUACGAGGUGGACGAGCAGCUUGCCGAGGAAGAUGCCACCUGCCUGUUCGAGGCGGGCGAGGGCAGUUUCGGAACGGACGAGUCCACGUUCAACUUCGUCCUGGCCUCCAGAAAUUACCUGCAGCUCCAAGCCACCUUCAAGAUAUAUGAGCAGCUCUCCGGAACCGAGAUCCUGGACGCCAUUGAGAACGAGACUUCUGGCACGCUGAAGAAAUGCUACGUCGCUCUUGUGAGAGUGGCUAAGAACCCUCAGCUCUACUUCGCCCGGCGGCUGAACGACGCCAUGGCGGGAGCGGGCACCGACGAGGACACCCUCAUUCGCAUCAUCGUGUGUCGCUCCGAGUACGAUUUGGAGACCAUCAAAGACCUGUACCUGGAGAAAUACGACGUGUCCCUGAAGGAGGCCCUGAAGGACGAGUGCGGCGGGGACUUUAAACGCCUCCUCCUGGGUAUCUGCCACUGAAGGUCUGAGAGGGAGGACAGGAUCCACCAAAACCAGAAAUAGAUUGAUAAAUGACUCGUAUUAAUUAAUAUGCCGUUAAAUGUACCAAAAGUUGUUUUUAAAAAUAUAUUAUAACAUUUAUAAAAUGUGACGAAUAAAUAUUAGGUUUAUUGCUUAUUUAUACAUUGACUAUAUG